CCAAGAGGCUGCUCUGGGUUUUGUGCCAAGGGUGCUUCAGCAACCAAGCCCAGCGCUCUCUCCUUCCCUCGUUGACCUCGGAGCAGGAUUACCAUGCUGAGUUUCUGCUGUUCCCAGAUUCUGCUGCUGCUGCUGCUGCUGUUGCUGAGAGGUGAGCCACUAGGCGGGGGGGGGGGGGGGGGGGUGGCGCUGUGGUCUAAACCACUGAGCCGCUUGGGCUUGCCAAUCAGAAGGUUGGCGGUUCGAAUCCCCGUGAUGGGGUGAGCUCCCGUUGCUCUGUCCCAGCUCCUGCCAGCCUAGCAGUUCAAGUAGAUAAAUAGGUACCGCUGCGGCAGGAAGGUAAACGGCAUUUCCAUGCGCUCUGGUUUCCGUCACUGUUUUCCGCUGCGCCAGAAGCAGUUUAGUCAUGCUGGCCACAUGACCCGGAAAGCUGUCUGUGGACAAGUGCAGGCUCCCUCUGCCUGAAAGUGAGAUGAGCACCACAACCCCAUAGUCACCUUUGACUGGACUUAACCGUCCAGGGGUCCUUUACCUUUUUUUUAACCUUUAACCAACCUGGGGAGGUGAGAACAACCCCUGUUCUUUCCCAGAGGGGAGCAGUUCUUCCGCAUCUCACCUGGGCUGUCCAUUCUGCUUUUCUUUGGAUGAUCCAAUUCUAUGGAAGAGGAGUUGGGGGGCUCUGGUAGGUUGUGAGGUGGAAGGAUCUGGGAGCAAGGCUACUACAAGAAGUAUAUUGGAAGAUUUGGGACACACAGAAGAAAGGACUUCUCCACACGGCACAUAAACUCCGGAAGUAGCAUUGGCCGCUGACUUGGAUGGCUUUAAAAGAUCAGACCAAUUUCAUGGAGCACGGAAUCAUAGAACUGUAGAGUUGGAAGGGACCACAAAGGUCAUCUAGUCCAACCCCCUGUAAUGCAGGACCCUUUUGCCCUAUGUGGGGCUCAAACCCAUGACCCUGAGAUGAAGAGUCUCAUGCUCUACCAACUGAGCCAGCCACAAUGUCUAUGCUCUCCCUCCAUCGUUGGAGGCAGGAUGCCUCUGAGUACCAGUUGCUGGGAAUCUCAAGUGAGCUUUUGCUUUUAGGCUUCCCACAGAGAGCUGCCCCCUGUGAAAACAGGAUGCUGUACUAGGUGGGCCAUUGGCCUGAUCCAGCAGGGGUCUUCUUAUGAGAAGGGAAUGGGCCACAGCAGGGAACCCUAGAAGCUAUAAAAUUCCCAAAUGAUAUACUGGGAUGCUUGCGUAUGAUGAUUUGCCUCAGCUGGACCAAAAUGGUUUCUGCCUCCAUACCCCUCAUGAAAGCUUUGGGUUUCUUCUGUGUUCCGUGUUCGGUGAUGCAAUGAUAGAGAGAAGGAGUUGUUUGUUGUCAGUGUGGUGUAGAACGUUAGACUAGAACCCACUCAAGUCAUGAAGCUCACUUCACCAGUCAGCAGGGCCGGAUUUAGGUUUGAUGAGGCUACUGAAGGUAAUGGGGCCCUUUACAAAUUGCCACUGUUUUUUGUUCUUGAAUAUAUGCCAAAUGGUAAUUUAUGGACCUAAUACAGGGGUCAGCAAACUUUUUCAGCAGGGGGCCGGUCCACUGUCCCUCAGACUUUGUGUGUGUGUGGGGACUAUAUGUUGCCAUGAUAAUGACCCACAUUUCUGGCAAAAACCCUUAUUGGGACUAACCCCACUGUUGCCCAAAUGUGAUCCUUUUUUGGGGGGGGGGUGCUCCUUCAUAUCCCUAUGCUGGUUCCUUUGCAUUUUACACAUUGACAGUUAUUAUUUUCUCAUAAGGUGGGGUGGGGGGCUGAGGUAAGCGCGCCAUUCUUGUCAGCCCUGGAGAGCAUGUGCACAUGCGUGGGUGAAGGGAAAAGCCAUUGGCCACGUUAAGUCAGGCCGGUGCCGCUCAAGCAAAAAAGUUCUUUUCCCCGUGUGAAGGAAGACAAGGCGUUGGCUAUUUACCUUUCCAUGGCUUGCACCUUGUAGCUAAUGAGUGGCCUCCCCAGCAGAGCGCAGAACUGUGUCCGAGUGCAGCUGCCCAGGCGCUCCCUGCUUCCUUUGGUGGGCACCACCACCAUCACAGACACCUGCGGGCAUCACUCCCAAGGCGCCUCCGAGCCCCUGCCGCCGCAACUGCCCUUCCUGAGGUCAGUCGCAGGCAGCUCCAUGGUGGAAAUCCGAACUGUGGCUCCUUUUCCCUCUUCCCCACCCCUCAUCCUGGAGGAAAAGAUUGCUGCACAAGCGCAACAAAUGGAAAAGGGGCUUGUCUCAAGCAGCUGCCCUCCUCACUUUUGACCCCCAAGCCUGACUGAGUUGCAAAAUCAUCGCACGCCAGCGCUAUGCUGGCUGCCUGGAUUCUGGCACUGUCAGCAGGCUGGAUCUAGAAGGCAAUUGGGCCUGAUCCGGCUCACGGACCUUAGUUUGCCAACCCAUGACCUAAUAGGUAUCUAAAGCCAUUUGCACAUAACAAAAUAUGUAUUUUAUAAAAGUAAUUGUUGAACUGAAAUACAACUAAGAAGAAGUAUAUUAAUAGUGAAAUACAAUUAAGAAGAAUUAUAUUAAUAGUGAAAUAAUUAUUAAGCUCUAACUUAGAAUGAUGUAGGAUUUAUUUUAUUUGUUUUUUAUCCUAUAUUUUGGAAAUGUGCAUCCAGUUUUUCCCCCUUUAAUUUUUUGGGUGGGCCUCCAAGAGAGUGGGGCCCUAAGCUAUAGCUUGUUUAGCUUAUACGUAAAACCGGUGCUGCCAGUCAGUAUCUCUCAGCCUAACCUACCUCUCAGGGUUGUUGCGAGGAUAAAAUGGAGCGGGGAGAAGCAUGUACAUAUGCUACCUUGAGCUCCUUGGAGGAAAGAUGGGAUAGAAAUUUAAUUAUGAAUGAAUGAAUAAAUGAAAUCCAGUCCUGGAGAAGAAACAACCCUUUGGUGUUCUGCCACACCUCAGGCUUAGUGGCAUUUCACCACGGAGCAGAUUUUGGAAUGGGGGAGGGGGUGGGGCUGUCAGGAAUAGGACAAAAGUGUUCGGUCCAAUCUCCGCCUUCUAAUACCAAUCAUCUCCCAUUAUUUUGACCCUGUCUCAUUUUCCCUUGCAGGUGCUGAAAAUGCUUCCACACAAAGAGGUGAGAGAGGAUUUCUGGGAAGGGAUACCCAUACCCCUCCUCCUCCAAGAAAUCAGUGGGAUCAGGCUCCAAGGUGCCCCUGGAAAAGUUGCUUCCAUUUCCCUGGACUCAGAGAGAUAGACCCCAUUUUGUUUACUAUCCCGGGGCCCCUCUCCCCCCUCCUACAACUCUUUCUGCCUCUCUCCUUUUAAAAAACAACAACCAAGAGAAAAUUUUGGUGGGUCCGCCAGUUUGAAGAUGGACAUAUUUCUAAGGCCACUGGGAAAACACAGGAGGACAGUGAUCUGACUAGAGCAAGUGGCUCGCACGCCCGUGUGUCGUUUUAUUGCCACCUCAGUCCUCCACCUGCAGGCAAGUUCCGCACAGCAGCAUCCCAAGCCAGAGCUGCCCGCUCCCAGCUCUGCCCCGGGAAGACAAAACUAUUAGCCGCAACAUUUAGCGUGGCUUACAUUUGCUGCAGAAUUGCAAUGAAACGUCACCGAGGGUGAUGCUCGCCCGCUUCUCCUCCGCUCUCUGCCCCAUGCCUGACGCCUCUCCCUCGUUCCUUUGCAGCCUGCGGACGGCCCCACGUGUUCGCCCCUCGGAUCAUCGGGGGGAAGAAGGCCGACGAAGGGGAAUGGCCGUGGCAAGCCAGCAUACGAAGGAACCGGCUGCACAUUUGUGGAGGAAGCCUGGUCUCGUCCCAGUGGGUGGUGACGGCUGCUCAUUGCUUUGAAGGGUGAGAGGGAAAGGACGCGGCUUUGCACUGCUCCACUAGAGGGCGGUCGAAGGACAGUGUCAGGGAGAAGGAGCAAUAUUGGUUCAGGAAGGGACCGAUCUGAUGCUUGCAAUGAGUUAGGAAUAUAUUUACGGCACUGGCUCUAAUGGUCUUCUUUUAUCUCAGUUACUGAGAAUGUGUGUAUUAUUGCCCCAUUGACUUCAUUCAGCGCCCCCUGCCUGCUUGCCUUCCUUUUUACAGCCGGUAAUGGGGGUUGCCCUGCCUGUCGGCUUUCUUUGCCUCACUCUCAGGGAUGCCCUUAGGGAACUCAGCAGGGAAGAGGACGAUGAGAACAAAACUGUAAUUAGUUUUCUCUGCCUGUCAACCCAACAUACAUGGAAUCCAAUAAACGGCUCCUCAGAAGUAAGUUCCGUUGGGUUUUCUCAGGGAUGAUACAAGACAUUUUGGUGCCUGGUGUAGAGCAGCAAACGGCAACUCCCUCCUUCCCCAACUCAAGUCAGUUCAGUUUUUUAAUUUUUUUAUUGAUUGAUUAUAUCCCACCUUUCCUCUCAAAGGAGCCCAGGGCAGCAUUUUAGAGCACAUCGACACAAUACAGACAAACACGAUUAUACCACUUUAAACAGUCAUGGCUUCUCUCCCCCCCCACAAAAUUUUGGAAUCUGUAGUUUAUUAAGCAUGCUGAGAGAAGUUAGCAGCAGGGUCUGUGUCCCCCUCCCCAGUCAGAGCUCACUGGAGUUCAGUUCUGGCACCUCUCAGGUGGGUGCCAUUGCUAUUCUACAAGAACAAGGAAUAAGUUUGUGGUGAGCUCUGGCACCUCCUUUUCUGGAAAAAUAGCACUGGUAAGAAGCCCCUAUUUCUCUCAUGGAGCUACAGUUCCCAGAGUUCCCUGGGAAGAGGGAUCCAUGGUUAAACCAUUCUGAGAAUUGUAGCUCUGUGAGGGGGAAGCCACGACCAUUUAAAGUGAUAACAUAGCACUUUACAUGUAUGUUGUAAAUAUGGCCUAAAAAGUACUCUGUGUGGGCGUAAAAAUGCCACAAGAACAAAGGUCCUAUCAAUUGCUGCUCUUUAAUUACAGCUGAAAUAAUCUGCCCGAGGCAGCUGCCUCACUCUAUCAAAUGGUAGGACUGGCUCUGGGCUUCCUCCCUGCCAGGUGGCUAUAGGAUUGCAGCCUUAGGGUGCAAAGUGCUUGACAGUUAAUAACCCCAAGUUACCCACCAGGCAAACCUGUGAGGCAGAGUAGGAUUAGAGAAUGUCUUUCAUCAGGGCUGAGGUGGGAUUUGAAUCCAGGCCUUCCUACCGCACAAGAUGCUUAUUGUUCCUUGUCUCUCACAGGCCACUGAACCUACCCGAAUUCCGAGUAAACUUGGGAGAAUACGAGCUCCCCAAGCCUGCGCCCAGCAUGGUCUCCUCUGCUGUCAGCCGGAUCAUAGUACACCCGUCUUAUGCUGGAGAAGGACUUAGUGCUGAUAUCGCCCUGAUGCAGCUGAAGGAGGCAGUCAAUUUCUCCCGAGCCAUCUCCCCUAUCUGCCUUCCGAGCUCUUCAGAUCCUGACACCUUCCCUGUAGGGAUGGCAUGUUGGGUUACUGGCUGGGGCCUCAUCUCCGCAGAUGGUAAGAACGGGUUGUAGUGCCAUCUGCUUCAUUCACAUGAAUGGCCCUGAGUUGGUCAUGUCCUUUAAUUUAAAUGGGUCUACUCUGACUGGCAAAGGGACGCGGGUGGCACUGUGGUCUAAACCACUGAGCCUCUUGGGCUUGCUGAUCAGAAGGUUGGCGGUUCAAAUCCCUGCAACAGGGUGAGCUCCUGUUGCCUGGUCCCAGUUCCUGCCAACCUAGCAGUUCGAAAGCACAUCAAAGUGCAAGUAGAUAAAUGCUCUGGCGGGAAGGUAAAUGGCGUUUCCGUGCGCUGCUCUGGUUUCAGUGUUCCGUUGCGCCAGAAGCAGCUUAGUCAUGCUGGCCACAUGACCUGGAAAAACUGUCUGCGGACAAACGCCGGCUCCCUCGGCCUGUAAAGUGAGAUGAGCGCCGCAACCCCACCCAGAGACAUUUGUGACCGGACUUAGCUGUCUGGGGUCCUUUACCUUCUUUAACUCUGACUAUGACCAGAAGUUGCCCAAAGGGGAACUGCAUUUAGGCUGAAAAAAGGGGUUCACUAUGUCUGGUGUAAAUGGUAUAUCCUGUUAAGGGACAGUGAGUCUGUGGCUGAUCUUGGUCCUUUGCUUUCCUUGUCUUAGGCUACUUCAUGGCUCGGACGUUGCAGGAGCUGGAAGUGCCAAUCCUAGGCACUGAGGAAUGUGAUCAGAUGUUCCACGAGGACUCCAAUGGCACCGAGACUGUGCCUCUUGGCCACCGGUUGAUCUACAAAGACAUGAUCUGUGCUGGGUACCCAGAUGGAAAUAAAGACACUUGCCAAGUAAUUGUGGAUCAGAACAGAAGAUUAAGGGCAAUGGAAACUGGGGAGGGGUCAGGGAGGAAGCAACUGGCAGCUAGGAUGAGAGGGUGACUGUGGAUUAGGAUAGAUCAGGGCAGAGCCAGAAUCUGGCUUCAGUACAACAGUUCAGUCCUUAAAAAUACAGAUUCCGAGAGAAGUGGAUCUUUGGGGCACUUCCAGACAAGCCACUGCUUUUAGGUGGGAAUUCAAGUCACAUACUGGCAAAUUCAGGUGGUACAAUUAUUAUUGAUUGGGAGUUUUCCCAAAACACUAUCAGACUGUUGUGAUCAAGAAAGCACUGGAAAGUGUGGGAUAUAACACUUGCAUCGAAGCAACCUUGUCUAGCCUCCCUGCAGAGAAAUCAGAACGGAUGCUCAUUAAAUAGCCAACAUCGUCUAAUCUCCCUGCAGAGAAAGCAGGAUGGGAAUGCUCAAUAAAGAGGUUGUCUGGAAGCGCCCCUGGUUUCUGCAAGAGGUUUAUCUCAAGAUUUUGGAGCCUUCCAACACAAGAGGGACAGUGGGUGCUUCCAGAUGAGUGCUUAUUAUUGCAAAUUCAGAUAUUGCAAAUGGGCCAUUGGAACUAGAAAUGGGGGAGAAAUCUGAUUCCACUGGUAUUUAAAGGCUAAGUUGCCACAUUUGCAUCAUCUGAAACAAUAUGUGGACUGAAAUGUAGUUCUCCAGCCAAGCAAUAUGUGCAAAAAUGCAUAUACUAGGGUAAAACGUGCCUAUAGAUGCAUAUGUUAGUGAAAAUCACACACAAAAAUGCCCUUGGUAUCUCCACUUUGAUCACCGGAGAAUUGAUGCUUUUGAAUUAUGGUGCUGGAGGAGACUCUUGAGAGUCCCAUGGACUGCAAAAAGAUCAAACCUAUCCAUUCUGAAGGAAAUCAACCCUGAGUGCUCACUGGAAGGACAGAGGCUCCAAUACUUUGGCCACUUCAUGAGAAGAGAAGACUCUCUGGAAAAAACCCUCUGAUGUUGGGUAAAAUUGAGGGCACAAGGAGAAGGGGACGACAGAGGACAAGAUGGGUGGACAGUCUUACAGAAGCGACCAACAUGGAUUUGAUGAAACUCCGGGAGGCAGUGGAAGACAGGAGUGCCUGGUGUGCUCUGGUCCAUGCGGUCACGAAGAGUCAGAGAAGACUAAUUGACUAAACAACAAUAUCCACUUUAAGGAUCAGGCAGCAAGUGAUAAGAAAGUCCCUUGCCUGAGACCUUGGAGAGGUGCUGCUGCCAGCCAGGGUAGACAAUGCUGGGCUAGAUCACACAGUAGUGAAAAGAGAUCUACAAAUACUAGAAAAUGAAUGAAUGAAUGCACAAAAAGGCUGGCCUUUUAUAAGGCAAUCUAUUAUAUUUCCUUGUCUUUCUCUCUCCCUCUCUCUAGGGUGACUCUGGGGGCCCUUUAGCUUGCAAGCAGAAUGGCACCUGGUUCCUGGCUGGAGUGGUGAGCUUUGGGGUGGACUGUGCAAAGCCCAAGCGGCCGGGAAUCCACACACGGGUGACUUCCUACAUGGACUGGAUUCAGCGCACUAUGGCAGAGAAAGCAGCCCAUGGUGGCGGUGAUGCCCAUCUCUUGAGUGCCAGUUCUGCCACUCCCUUGCUUCUACUUCUUCUCCUGGUCUUGACCCACAGCCUUUGGUGACCCAUGCUGCCUGCACACUUGGAGCUUCAGAAUGGCCACCUUGUGUUGAUAGGUUGGAUCAACCAGCUCAGAGUGACCGGACUCUGGUCUUCUGUAGGCUGAGCCUGAAGCAGAGGACAUCAAGGACAGAUGAAGAUCCCUGCUGGACUUGGCCAGUUGCCCAUCUAGACAAACAUUUCGUUCUCAUCAUGGCCAACCAAUGCCCAGGGGAAGCUUGCAACAGCAGCUCUUCCCACCUACAAUUCCCAACAACUAGUGUUCAGAAGUGCGUCACCUCUGAAUAUUCUAAACAGCUUUGCCACCAUCUGAACGAUCGCCCUGUUUUUGUUCAAUAGGUGAAGAGAAACAAUGUGUAACUGAAAGAGGAAACAGAAACAAAAGUAGGGUCAAGAGCCAUUAAAAUAAGAACAGAGCACAUGGAUCUGCAAGGGGUGCUCUUCUUCGAUGUGCCAGCCAGCCACGCACACCUUCUUUCAGGCUACUCCAUUCCAUCUGUCUUCUGUCCUUCCCCACCCAACAGCCAAUCAGCAUUCUGUGGCUACUGUACUUUUUUUUUGUUCUGCAAAACUUUGAGUGCCUUCAAACUUGCCAGUACCACCCCUGCUGUGGGUGGAUAAUGCCAUUUGGUUACAUAAGGAUCAUAGCUCUCAGAGCAGGAGGUCAAUAUUAGUACUUAGGCUUAGCGGAUGGCAGUAGAAAGAAUGUAGAGGAAUAACAGAGAAAUGAAAGGAAAUACAGAUCGGUAAAAGAUAAAUGUAACUCAACUGGUCGAAAUUAAAAGGGUACUUUUCUAUGUAACAGUGGACCAUUUCCCCAAUUCGUAAGUAAUUUAGACAUAGGGGGUGGAGCCUUUGUGGGAGAAUAUCCUGGUGGCUUGUGUCCAAAAGUGAACAGGUGGCAGAUGUUAGGGCAGCUUUUGCCAACCUGGUGCUCUCCAGAUAUUUUAGACUGCAUCUCACAUCAGUGAUAGCCAGCAUGGCAUGAGGCUGCUAGGUAAAGGUAAAGGGACCCCUGAGCAUUAGGUCCAGUUGUGACCAACUCUGGGGUUGCGGCGCUCAUCUCGCUUUAUUGGCCGAGGGAGCUGGCGUACAGCUUCUGGGUCAUGUGGCCAGCAUGGUUAAGCCGCUUCUGGCGAACCAGAGCAGCACACGGAAACGCCGUUUACCUUCCCGCCAGAGUGGUACCUAUUUAUCUACUUGCACUUUGACGUGCUUUCGAACUGCUAGGUUGGCAGGAGCAGGGACCGAGCAAUGGGAGCUCACCCCGUCGCGGGGAUUCGAACCACCGACCUUCUGUUUGGCAAGUCCUAGGCUCUGUGGUUUAACCCACAGCGCCACCCGCGUCCCAUACAUGAGGCUGCUAGUCCGCUUCAAUUUUAAUCAUACAGUCCUGUGAACAUUAGCAGUAGCUGGUAACUGGCCCUUGUUUGAACACCCAACCAGCAAGAAAACCCCACAGGUAUGCUUCAACUGUCGGUCUUUAUCUGAGACAGUCCCUGUUUCCCUGAACCCACCCUUUGAAAAAGUCACUGCUAAUAUUUUGCCUCCUGGAUUGGUUUUCGGAGAUGCCUUUGACACAUGUGGGUUAGAACUGGGUGUCGGUCUGUCUGUUUGUAGAGUAAAUGAACACAGGAAGGGGAAAAUUCAGCUGUAUAUAAUGAAGUGCCAUGUUUCUCUGGGAUGGAACUAGCCAGACAAUGUUGGUAUCAAACUAUCAAGCUGCAAAUCUGUAGAACAGAAGCUAUGAGGUGAUCUCAACUAAGACAAAUGCCUCUCACGGACACCACACAGUGACCAGGAA